AGCGCCGCGACAAGCAACAAGAUGUCUGCCAAGAUCUUCAUUGUGGCCGCCCUCGUGGGUGUAGUGUGCGCCGCCCCUCGUGCAGAAAGCCCGCCAUCAUACGGACCCCCUCCACCCCCAGCCUAUGGGCCAACCCCAUCCUACAACGAGCCCGGCAUGCCCUUCGACUUCGCCUACGCCGUUAGGGACGACUACUCCGGUAACAACUUCGCGCACGACGAAAAGAGCGACGGUAAACUCACAUCCGGCUCCUACAGUGUGCUUCUUCCUGAUGGACGCACUCAGAUCGUAAACUUCCAAGCCGAUGAAAACGGAUACGUCGCCGACGUCACCUACCAGGGAGAGGCCACCUAUCCACCUCCCGCGCCCCCAUCCUACGGUCCAGCACCCCCUUCAUACGGCCCCCCACCACCAACAUACGCCUAAGUCUCAAUGACCACAGCAGGAUUGUCACUGAUCAAUAUUGCCAUAUCUACAUCCAUACAAACGUUACAUUGUCAACACUCACCUGGUCUCCACCUGUCACUUAUUUAUGUCCAACCUUUACUGAACAUAUCCCACCUUAUUCCAAGCUUCGUCAGGCCAGCCUGGCAGUGUCCCAAGAUGUCCCAACGAUCCCGCCCCCAAGCAGUAAAUGUCCCCAACGACCUAUUACCUUGCCACAGCAUACGGUCCACAGGUGGCCGCCACAAAGACUUGGAAUGGUAAUAAAAUAGUUUUGUAAAUAAAGGCAUACGACA